GCCGGGGUGGGUCGUGGCCUGACCCUGUGCCCCCCAGCCAUGAGCCGCCGCGUGGUGCGCCAGAGCAAGUUCCGGCACGUCUUCGGGCAGCCAGUGAAGGCCGACCAGAUGUACGAGGACAUCCGCGUCUCCAAGGUGACGUGGGACAGCUCCUUCUGUGCCGUCAACCCCAAGUUUGUGGCCAUCAUUGUGGAGUCCGGCGGCGGGGGGGCCUUCAUUGUCCUGCCUCUUGCCAAGACGGGACGGGUGGACAAGAACCACCCGCUGGUGACGGGGCACACGGCGCCUGUGCUGGACAUCGACUGGUGUCCCCACAACGACAACGUCAUCGCCAGCGCCUCCGAGGACACGGUGUGGCAGGUCCCCGACUACGUCCCCGUGCGCAAUGUCACAGAGCCGGUGGUGACGCUGGAGGGACACUCCAAGCGGGUGGGCAUCAUCUCAUGGCACCCCACCGCCCGCAACGUCCUGCUCAGCGCAGGCUGUGACAACCUGGUGAUCCUCUGGAACGUGGGCACGGGGGAGAUGCUGCUGGUGCUGGAGGACAUGCACACCGACCUCAUCUACAACGUGGGCUGGAACCGCAACGGCAGCCUCCUCGUCACCACCUGCAAGGACAAGAAGGUCCGAGUCAUCGACCCCCGCAAGCAGCAGGUUGUGGCGGAGAAAGCCAAACCGCAUGACGGCGCUCGCCCCAUCCGCGCCAUCUUCAUGGCCGAUGGCAAGAUCUUCACCACCGGCUUCAGCAAGAUGAGCGAGCGGCAGCUGGGCCUCUGGGACCUGGAGAGGUUUGCCCCCCACGAAGGGCUGAGGCCCCGGCGGGCCAUCUUCACACGGGAAGGACACAUCUUUACCACGGGCUCUACCAGAAUGAGCCAGCGGGAGCUGGGCUUGUGGGACCCGGUAACGAGGCCAUGGGGGGGGUGGGGUGUCCUGGGGAGGGACACCCCAAUCUCAUGGCCGUCUCCCUCACCCCCACAGUCAGACCUCUUCCAGGACGACCUGUACCCUGACACGCCAGGCCUCGAGCCGGCCCUGGAGGCAGACGAGUGGCUGUCGGGGAAGGACGCGGAGCCCAUCCUCAUCUCACUGCGGGACGGCUACGUCCCCGUCAAGAACCGGGAGCUGAAGGUGGUCAAGAAGAACAUCCUGGACAACAAGCCCCCCCCGGGCCCCCGCCGCGGCCACUCCACCUGUGACCCCAACUUCACCCGGCCAGCCUUGGAGGAGGUGCUGGAGGAGAUCCGUGCCCUGAAGCAGACGGUCCAAGCGCAGGAGAAGCGCAUCUCUGACCUGGAGAACAAACUCUGCCAGUUCACCAAUGGCACGGACUAGCGCGGCGGCCACGGCCACGGGCAGGGCGAGGACUGCCUCAGCCCCCCUGGGGAUUAAAGCCGAGUCUCCGCA